AUGGGAGAGAAGAAAACCAAUCUAUUUAAUAUAAUGAUAAUGAUUGCUAUUUUAUCUUUAUGCGUUCAGUCAAAUGAUAAAUGCAAUAUUUAUCACAACUCUCUUAAAGGUUGUAUUUAAGACACAAAAAAUAUUCGAUGUAAUCCACCUUUGAUAUGAUAGGCUAAUAUGAUUAUUUCAACAAUAAGUGUUAAGAGAACUCACAAACGAACUUCGGUUGUUCAGAAUAAUUGAAUAUGGAGGCCUGUGUAAAUCAAUUGACAGAUUAUCUUAAUAAUAGAGUGUAUUGUAGAUAUAUUGUGAAAUUAUAUAAUAGGUUUAUUCCAAGAGAAAUGUAUGAAUUCAAAUGAGAUACAAUUGUAAAAAUAUGGAUGCUAAGAAAUGUUCAAUAAAUACGCUUGCUUAAAAGUUGAGAAUGAUUCCUGCACUUGGGAGAAUUAAAGAUGCAAAUAAACAAAUGGAAUUGAUUAGGGUGACUCUUAAAUAUGUAAUAACUUCUAAACACCAGUGAAUCCUCACACAUGUUCUUAGAUACCUUCAGCUAAAUGUAAGUAGUUCUAUUAAGAUAGGUAUGAGUGGCGGAGAUUUCGAAUGUAUAGAAUUACGAUCCGAGCAAUUAUCAUAAUUAUCAUGCAAUGAAAUAGGUUUAAAUGAGGAAGGCUGUUAUGCACUCAAUAAGCAAGAUCAAUAUUGUAUUUAAAUAAUGAAAAUUAGGUACUUUCAAGAAUGGAAAAUGUUAAGAGUUAAAUUUAUCAGAGAUCAAAUCCUGCGAUUAGAAGCUAAGUAAAUCUGCAUGUCUGUCUAUUAAAAACAAUGAUUUGUAAUGUGAAUGGUUCGGCAAACAAUGUAGGACCUUUAAAUUUGAAACAGGAUAAGUGUGUGUAACAAAAAAUCAGGUAAAUAUCUCUGUUUGUUAAAAAUCAACUGGAUUAUGUUAAUAUGAUGUGAGCCAAUCUAAAUGUGUGAAUAUUGAAAAAUAUCAUUUAAGCAAUCUUUAAUGUAAUACGCCAGGAUUGUCAAAGCUAGCUUGUUUAUAAGUUAUUAACUAAAAUUGCACAUUUGUACAUGGAAAAUGCUAGGAGUUAUCUGAAUUAGAUCUUAACUAUUUUUAAUGUCACAUGGAUCUGAACAAACAGGCUUGUGUUAAUAUUAAGACUCAUUUCUAGUAUUGUUUUUGGAAUGGAAAUAAUUGUGAAAGAAGGGUGAUGAAUUAAGAUUACGAAUGUCCAUUAAAAAUAGAGAAUAGUAAAAUAAGAGUAAACGGAAAUGUUUGUUAGGCCAUCUCUUAUUAUUAGAAGAAAUGCAAAUACAAUGCAUAGACUAAUUUAUGUAUAGAGAGUUCGAUAACUGAUGGAUGCAAUACUCCCUUUAUAAAUAAAUUUGGUUGUCUCAGUAUCAUAAAAAAGGAUGAAGCAUGUUUAUGGACAAUGCAAGGUUGUAGGAAUGUUGAGGUGAUAAAACAGGUAACUACAUGCAAUAAUUUGGGGAGUGCCAAUCCAAUUGCUUGUUCUUAAGUAUUAGAAUCUAACGAGAAGGUAGGUUGUUAUUUUGAUUAACAAUAACAAAAAUGUGUAGUAUUAAACAUUGAAGUUGGUCCAUAUGCCACUAAAGAGGAAAUAAUAUAGAAGCAAAAGGAUUUGGAAAAAUUGAGAACUAUAUCUUGUAAUGAUGUGGCCUUAGGAUUAAAUAAAAUAGCCUGUUCAUCUAUCACAACAAUAGGAGUAGCUUGUAGAUGGAGUAGAGAUUAAUGUGUUUAGAUAGAAAAUCCAAAAGACAUCCAAACAAUUCCAUGUUUGAAUCUAGUGUAUGCCAAUUAUAAAGCCUGUUCUUAUGUCUUAUAUGGCGGGGAAGUUUGUAGAUACUCUUCAUUGGCUAAGGGAUGCAUUAAUUCUAUAACCAAGAAUAUGCAAUGCAAUGAGUUAGGCUUAAAUUCAUUUGGAUGCUCUAAGGCUGAAGGUUCUUGUUAAUAUAUUGAUAAUCAAUGUAUACAAUCUGAAGGAGUUUCAACAAACCCUUAACCUGUAUAAUCGACUGCAAGUGAAGUAGAAACAACUCCACAGUCUCCGUUAACAUGCGAAAUAACGUCACCUACUAAGGCUGUGUGUUUGUCUUUUGCUUCCUUGUUGUGCAAAUGGACUAAAUCGAAGAGUGCUUGUGAGACUGUAGAAAUUAAAUAAAUUUCGCAUUGCCUUGAUUACGGGGGAUCUGAUAUUUUUGUUAAUUCUAAUGUGUGUGCAUCCAUUAUUAGUGAUUUUCCUGAUUAUGACUUUGCAAAAGGAGUUUAAGCGGAUAAAAACAGAGGAUAUUGCUAUUAUAAUAAACAAAUAUCCCAAUGCUAAAUCAAAAAGGAAUUCUGUAACACUAAGUGUUGUACUGAAAUUGAAAAUAUAGGAAUAAAUGCGCAUUCUUGUAUUAAAUUCUCAAGUAAUGAACCUGGAGUCUAUUGCUACUUUAAAGAUUUAAAAUGUACAGAAUUGACAGAUGAUAUCGUGGACACAUCAAAUCCAGAUUAAAUCAAAUUGUUUUUUAAUGAAAAUAAAUUGCCAUGCACUUCAAUGAGUAAGAACUCUUGUCAUAUGAUUGAUUGGUCAUUGGAUCAACGCUGUUAUUAUAAUGGAAUAACCUGUUUGAAUAUCAAUUAUGUUUAUUAUAAGGAUAAUCGUAUUUUCAUUUAGGAACCCUCUGUCUUGAAUGAGAAUGCCUGUUUUGCAAUUGACGGGAGAAUAACAGCAUAGAACACACUCAAAUAUAUUGGAUAUGACGAUGAAAAUAAAAGAUGUAAAGAGCUGUUAUUAGAUGAUGACUUUUCAUAUGCCACAUGUGAAGAUGCUAAGAGCAAUAGAAAUGUUUGUCAAAGAUACACCGGUAGAAACUAUUGUAAAUGGGAUGAACAACUAUUCAGAUGUAUUACUAUACCUUUAGAUGAAUAUGGUGAAAUUUAAACAUGCAAUCAAAACCUAAACAUUAAAGCAUGUACUGAUAUUAAAAAGAGUAGUUGUCUCUUUUAGAUCGAAUUGGAUAUUUGUGAGGAUGCUUAUAAAGUGGAUAAGAACUAAGUUGUUGAUGUUUUUAAUAUUGAUUGCAAUCACUUUAAAUAAUUCGGUAAAGUAAGUUGGUAAGUAUGUUAAUAAAUCAAUAAACCUGGACAACAGUGUGAAUUCCUCAAUUAUGAUUGUGUAGAUUCGACUAAAGUUUCUGGAAGUUGCGAUGGUUAUUUAGCCAACAACAGAUCUUGUUUCAAAAAUACCAAAGGCUUAUGCAGAUGGGAUCCGGCCACUUUUCAAUGCUUUGUGAAUCACCAAGAUAUUUCACAAUUGUCAUGCUCAGACAAUAUCAAUAUUGAAUUAUGUAAAUAGAUAACAAAAGAGGCAUGCAUUUGGAACGAUAUAACAAAUGAUUGUUAAGUGUUCAUAACUCAGAAUUCAACAGAUUUUGAGAUUUUGGAUAAGACUGGAAAUCAUAAGUUUAAUGAAAGAGCAUGUCUAUUAAUCACAGGAGAUGCCUACUAUUAUGAUAAAGUUACACAAAAAUGUACAAAACUGACAUCUCAAACAGUAGAUUGUGACACAUAUCAAUUAAAUAAAUAUGCUUGUCUGUAUUAUACAAGAACACAUCAUUGUUUUUAUGAUGAAGAUGAAGUUGUACCUAAUAAGAAGUGUAAACCAUUCAUUUAAGAUCAAUCAAUAUGUUCUUCUAAGUGGUAGAUCAACAUUGAAGUUUGUAUGGAUAUAUACUAACCUUGCAUCUUUGAUAUUAGUACAUUAUAAUGUACUUCUUACAGUGAAUAAAAGAAAUGCUCGGAACUAGCUCUAUUAUCUGUUGAUUUUAAACACCCUAAUAAACUAGUAUGUUCAUCUGUUGCUGAUACAUUAGAGGAGAUUUUAGAGGAAACAUAAUGCUUUGAAGAUAAAUAACAUCAAUAAUAAUGUAAAUUCGAAAAGUAUUGCUUAUGGACCAAUUAUGCUUGUGAAAUAUUCAACCUAGUAUAUGAUGUAGAAACAACACAAGAUUUUUAAAAGCAAAAUAAAAAAGAAUGUGAGGGGUACGAGGAAAUAAAUGCAUGUGAAGAUGAAGUUGUUAGAAAUACUACCGGAUUAUUUCGAAAAGAAAGGAAAUCAAAUCUUGAUAGCUCAUGGGAUUGGGAAAAUGAGACUUGUAUAAAGCACUCAACAACAUUUACAAGAGAACACACUUAUUAUUAUAUUUCAAAUAAUACAUAAAAUUGUACUAUAAAAGAGUGUUCCAUAAUUGAAGAGUACCUUUGCAAUGUUGAUGAAGUUACAGAAGUCAUAAUUCCAUUUGGAGAAGCGUCACCUGAUAUGCCAGAUUCUACUAUUUAUUAAAUUGGAUCUAAUCUUGAUACUGGAGAUACUUGUGAGAAUUUGGAUUGCUCUUAAUUCUCUGAAUAUUAGUGUUAAAUUGCCAAAAAUGAUUGUUUAUAACAGAACACUUGCCAGCUCGAACUGGAUUAUCCAUUUGAAACUUUAAUAUAGGGAAAUUGUUUACCAAAAUAAAACUAUAUUUUUAAUCAUUGGUGCUAAUUGAAAGAAAAUAGAGUGGAUGUAUGUUUAAACACUUUUUCGAAAGCAUUGUGCUUAGAUAUUAGUGAAAAUUGUUACUUUGAUAGGGAUCAAGGAGGUUGUAAGUACAUAUCAGGCAAUGAACAUAAAAUUGUAGAUUGCGGCUAAAUUGCAAAUAACUGUUACAUUAGUUCAAAUUAAAAAGCAAUAUGUCAUAAUGGAUAAUCUAGUAUCAAACCGGGUGAUCAAUGCAAAACAGUUUAAAAACAGCAUAACACUUGUGUACCUCUUCUUACAUAUCAAUCAGCAUUCAAUUGUUCAAAUAUAUUGAGCUAAGAUGCUCAACCAAUCUUAUGUUCUAAAGCUAGCGAUGAUUGCAGAUUCGAUGGAAAUGUGUGUAUAAGUCUAAUGCCUACACUCAAUUCAAAUGGAAAAUAUCCUUGUGAUAAAAGCUUUAGUAAAUCAAUAUGUGUGAAAUGUGGAUGUGAUUAUGAUUAUCUUGGAUAUUGCUAACAAACGAAAUAAGUACCUUUAGUAAAACCAGAUAAAUCAAAUAAAUACUUUCUGUGUUAUGAAGUGAAUCUAUUAAAUACUUCAUUCACAGAGGAAAUAUGUGGAAAGGUUGAUUAAGCAUGUGCAUAUCAUGACUCUAAAUGUGAAGAUGCUAAUCAUUAUACAUGCGCUGAACUAUUGUUAUAUACAGUUUCAUUAAAAGCAUGUCAAAAAUGCUAAGAAUAUGCAACUAAAUAUGAUGUUAACACAUGGAAGUGCAAUAAAAUCGACAAUACUGUUUAGAAUUCAUGUGAUAAUCUAAAUUAAAUUGCUUGUCUUCUCAAUACUAGAGGAGUCAAAUGCAAAUGGGAAAACUUUAGUUGUUAAACAAUAUCAAUAUAAAAAAGUGAUGUAAUUAAAUGUUCUAUUUUAAAUUUUGAUGCUUGUUAUACUUCAUAAGUCAAUAUAUGUUGGAUUGAUUAAACAACUUCCCUAUGUGUGGACUAUGAUCCUUAUAAAGGCAAAUGCGAUCUAUUAAAAACAGAAUCUCUAUGUGUAAGAUCUAUGUAUGAGAAUUGUAAAUGGAAUUUAAACUAAUGUAUUCAGAACAGUAUAAUUCCUAAUUACACAUGCGAGAAUUUGAAUCAAUAUUUAUGUCUAAAUGCGAAGAAUAUAGCUUGUGGAUGGUCAGACGUAUAUGAAAAGUGUUAUGAACUGGUAUUCAGUUCAUAACCUUCUUCAUGUGUUAAUUUUCUGAGUAGUGAAUAACAAUCAUUUAUAAAUCGUUGUAAUUCUUACACUUGUACUUAAAUUAAAGUUUAGUAAGGAUGCAUACAUGACUCAUAUUAUAAAUGUAGAGUGAUUAUCCCACUUGAUGUCAUCUCAUGUGAAGUAUCUGCAAUUUCUAAUAUAAACGAAUUUGCAUGUGCAAAGCUGGCCAAAGGAAAGUGCAAAUUUGUCGAAAGGGUGUGUGAAGGAAUGUGCAAGUUUUAAUAAAGUAUAUGUGAAAAAACAGAAGAUCCUUACUUGGGUUGUCAGAACUAUUUGAACUAAGAAGCUUGUCUAUAUUAGAAUGAUGCUUGUAAAUUCGAUAUAUUUUGUUAACCUUAUGCUAUAAAUUCCAUGGAUGAUAUUAGAACUAUGUUUCCUUAUACUUCAAGUGUGUGUUCAACUGCUAAUGUAGUUGUUCAAUAAGGAGGUAUAAAUAUUGGAAAAUCUUUGAUUUAUGGGGCUGGACAAUAAAGAUGCUUAGAUAUUACUGAUAAAAAUAUUNGAUUCGAUGGAAAUGUGUGUAUAAGUCUAAUGCCUACACUCAAUUCAAAUGGAAAAUAUCCUUGUGAUAAAAGCUUUAGUAAAUCAAUAUGUGUGAAAUGUGGAUGUGAUUAUGAUUAUCUUGGAUAUUGCUAACAAACGAAAUAAGUACCUUUAGUAAAACCAGAUAAAUCAAAUAAAUACUUUCUGUGUUAUGAAGUGAAUCUAUUAAAUACUUCAUUCACAGAGGAAAUAUGUGGAAAGGUUGAUUAAGCAUGUGCAUAUCAUGACUCUAAAUGUGAAGAUGCUAAUCAUUAUACAUGCGCUGAACUAUUGUUAUAUACAGUUUCAUUAAAAGCAUGUCAAAAAUGCUAAGAAUAUGCAACUAAAUAUGAUGUUAACACAUGGAAGUGCAAUAAAAUCGACAAUACUGUUUAGAAUUCAUGUGAUAAUCUAAAUUAAAUUGCUUGUCUUCUCAAUACUAGAGGAGUCAAAUGCAAAUGGGAAAACUUUAGUUGUUAAACAAUAUCAAUAUAAAAAAGUGAUGUAAUUAAAUGUUCUAUUUUAAAUUUUGAUGCUUGUUAUACUUCAUAAGUCAAUAUAUGUUGGAUUGAUUAAACAACUUCCCUAUGUGUGGACUAUGAUCCUUAUAAAGGCAAAUGCGAUCUAUUAAAAACAGAAUCUCUAUGUGUAAGAUCUAUGUAUGAGAAUUGUAAAUGGAAUUUAAACUAAUGUAUUCAGAACAGUAUAAUUCCUAAUUACACAUGCGAGAAUUUGAAUCAAUAUUUAUGUCUAAAUGCGAAGAAUAUAGCUUGUGGAUGGUCAGACGUAUAUGAAAAGUGUUAUGAACUGGUAUUCAGUUCAUAACCUUCUUCAUGUGUUAAUUUUCUGAGUAGUGAAUAACAAUCAUUUAUAAAUCGUUGUAAUUCUUACACUUGUACUUAAAUUAAAGUUUAGUAAGGAUGCAUACAUGACUCAUAUUAUAAAUGUAGAGUGAUUAUCCCACUUGAUGUCAUCUCAUGUGAAGUAUCUGCAAUUUCUAAUAUAAACGAAUUUGCAUGUGCAAAGCUGGCCAAAGGAAAGUGCAAAUUUGUCGAAAGGGUGUGUGAAGGAAUGUGCAAGUUUUAAUAAAGUAUAUGUGAAAAAACAGAAGAUCCUUACUUGGGUUGUCAGAACUAUUUGAACUAAGAAGCUUGUCUAUAUUAGAAUGAUGCUUGUAAAUUCGAUAUAUUUUGUUAACCUUAUGCUAUAAAUUCCAUGGAUGAUAUUAGAACUAUGUUUCCUUAUACUUCAAGUGUGUGUUCAACUGCUAAUGUAGUUGUUCAAUAAGGAGGUAUAAAUAUUGGAAAAUCUUUGAUUUAUGGGGCUGGACAAUAAAGAUGCUUAGAUAUUACUGAUAAAAAUAUUGUAAUCAAUAAAUGUAGCUAUUCAGGAAUGAACAAGUACUCAUGCUUAUUAAAGACAAAUACCUAUUGUGAAUAUAAAGAUGGUCUAUGUAGAUUUGUUGACUAGAAGGUAAUUGCUACAUUAAAAACUUGUAAUGAAAAUUUAAACUAAUAUUCGUGCACAAAAUUGAUUGUUGCGUGUAAAUUUGUUUCGGGUAAAUGUGUUCCAUUUGAUGAGAAAGAUGAUUGCACUACUUUAUCUCAGGAAUAAGCUAUUGUAAAUAGUGACAUUUGUUUAAAAGAACCAAAGACACCUUGCAUGUUCAAUGAUAGCACUUAGAACUGUGUAGUUAUUACAACACCCUAAAAUUGCAAGGAUCUCAAUAAAAAGGGUUGUAUAUUCGCUACUUAAGGAUACAAUUGUGAAUUCAAAUCAGGCAAGUGCAUUACUUCGUUUGGUAAUCCUAGAUGUGCAUCUGAUAUCAAUGAAGACAAAUGCCUGUCAAUUAUUACCAAAGGUCAAUUUUGCUAUUUUGAUUCAUUAACAGGGUGUAAAAAUAUUGACAUCACAAAAGUUGAUCUCAAUAAAUGUGAAAAAAAUGGUUUUAGUACAAGUCCAAAUACCUGUUCAAAAAGCACAGAUGUAGAAUGCUUUUAUGAUAAAACAAUUAAAUAAUGUACUUAAUACAUAGAUUCAACUGGAUCUAUUAAUUCAAAUCCAUAAAAUUAUAAUAUAUCCAACAUUUAUUCAUUGAAUAAGAGAGCCUGUUAAAUGUUUAAUUAUGAAAAGGCUCUCAUGUGGUAGGAAACUUGUUCAAUUGUGAAAAGUUCAUAAUUAAUCUAUCUAAAGUGUAGUGCUUUUUUGAAUAAAAUAGCAUGUUUAAGUAUCAAGACACCUUUUCAGUUUUGUUAAUAUAAGAAUUAUCAAUGUGUUAAUGCUAAUUUAUAAGAUUUUAAAAGCGUAAGUUGUGAUUCAAUUAAGGAUGUCAAUUCUGGAGCGUUUUGUGCUGUAAAUACAAAUUCUACUCCUUGUCAAUAUAAUAAGACCUUCUUUAGAUGUGAGUCCUUUGAUAAAACAACAACAACUACUGUAAGUUGUGUUGAAAAAGAUCCAGAGGAGAAAGGAUUAAAUCAACCAGCCUGUGAGGUUGACAAAAAAAAUUGCAUUUACGAUGAGAAUUGCUAUAGAUUAAAUGAAAGUGGAUUUCAAUUUUGUAAGGAUGUCAAUAAAGAGGGUAGUUCAUUUUAAUGUAAGUAAGUCACAGGGGAGGGAUGUAUGAUCGAAUCAAGUAUCUGUAAGAAGAUUUAUUAUGAUACAUAUAGUAAAAUUAAGUGUGAAUAAGCAAGUAAUAGAUUUGGAUGUGUUAAUAUUCAAACACAAGGUCAAUUUUGCUAAUUUGAUGGAGAUAAAUGUAAACUUGAAAAUGUAAAAGAAUAUGCAGAUAUCAGUUGUUUAAGCAUCGUGAAUAUAAACCAUUAUUCAUUCUGUGAAUAAACAAGGGAUAUCGCUUGCACUUUUGAUCUGAAGACUAAUAUGUGUAGGAAUGUGUAUCCAUAAGAAGAGUUCUCAUGUGAAAGGGGAUUGAAUAAGAUAGCUUGUUUAAAUCAAACAACACAGAGUUUGAUGUGUAAAUUCCUUGAUUAUUGUUAUGGUCCUAAUAAUGGAAUAUUGAAUUGCAUUCAUAAUGAUAAUGACUUGUGUUGCAGAGAGGCCGAUCAAAUUGAUACAUGUCUAAAUUAAAAGAUUUAUUAGUGUGAGUGGACAGCAGAUGGUUGUCGAGCUUUUACAAAUACUACAUAGGAUUGUAAUGACAUCGUUAAUAAAAGCUUUUUGAUUUGUGCUGCAAUCAAAAAUGUGCUCUGUGUUUAUGCACCUAGUGAUCAUAAGUGCUAAACUUAAGUACCCACUACAUGUGGUUUUUCAUAAACGAAAUAACAAUGUAAAAGAAUGAAGUCAGUUUCUUGUAUAUGGAAUUCACAGGAAGAAAUAUGCACAUAUUCAGAAAACUCUGCUUAUCUGACUUGUGAUGAAGUGAGCUAAUAUUCUGGAAAUCAAAGAGCAUGCAUGAAUGUUGAAGUAUAAGGAUAGAUGUGUAUUUACAAGGAUGAGAAAUGCAUACUCUUUGAAUAAUAAGAAAAUGCUAAUAAUUGUUUGGAUUCCAUUAAUAAGAAUGCAUGUCUGCAAUAAACCAUCAAUGAUUGCUAAUGGGUUGAAUAGGUAUAUAAAGUAAUUAAAUACUAAAAUUCACCUAUUGAAGUAGAAAUAGUAUAUGGUGAAUGUCAACCAAUCACUGACAUCCAUUAAUCAUUCUGCUAUUAGAACAUUAGUUAUACAGCUUGUUUGAAAACAACCAGGAUUGGACAAUUUUGCAUCUGGAAAGACUUUCGAUGUUAAUAAAUAAGUGAGUAGCAAAUAUACACUCCUAAUUAACUGAUUCUUGUCAAUUAAAAUGCAUGUGGUUUAGUGAAUAAAGGAGAUAUUGUAAAGUACGAUGAAAUGUUUAAGAAAUGUAUAAUCAUUGACAAUCCAAAUGAACUAACUUGUAAUCCUCAAAUUAUUGGGCUAAAUAAAGAAGCUUGUAUGAUUAUAAAAAACUAGCCUUGUAUUUGGAAUAGCAUUUCGAAGAGCUGUUUUUAUUCAGAUGUCUAAGAUGCACCCUAGUUUUGUGAAAGACCUAAUUUCAAUGCCUAUUCAUGUUCAAAUCUUGAUAUUGAUCAUCCUUGUGGAUACUCUGAAGGUGGUUGCCAUUUAGUUGACUUAAAUUCCAUCACAUGCACUUAUCCAGGCUUAAAUAAGUAUGCAUGCCUGAACAUUUAAAACUAUCCUUGUAUUUGGAAAUAUAAUGAACAGACUGCAAAUGAUUAUUGUGAUGAUUAUGUUCCUUACACAUCUUGCUAGGCAGUACCUAUUAAUGUGAAUCUAAAAGUUUGUUAAUUAGUUAAUCAAGAUGCUUGUUCGUAUGAUAUCAACAAUCAAAAAUGCCAAGUUCCAGAACUAUCGUUAUCAAAUUGUGAUACUUUAGGCUUAAAUCUUAAAGGAUGCAUUGAGAUUGACGGAUGCGCAUUCAAAGAUAUAUGUACAAAAGUGACCAAAAAACUAUAUAAUUGUAAUGAAUUCCCACUUGCAAAUUAUCAAGUUUGCUCGAAUGCAUAAGAUAAUUGUAAAUUCAAUGAAUUAACAUUUGGCUGUUAGCAAUCAAAUGUAGAACUAUGUGAUACUAAAGGAUUAAGUUAAUUAGGCUGUAUUUAAAGUAACUGCUUAAUGGAAAAUAAAUAAUGUUAAUGUACCAAUGGCUUUAUGGAAGAGAAUUGUAAUCUUAUUAAAGAAGUUGAAGAAUGCAAUUAGUUUGAGUAGUGCAUAUAUAAUGAAGGAACGAUGAAAUGUAAAUGGAAAUAGUGUGAGGAUAUGUCAUACAAUAAUUGUGAUGAGCAGUAGAUCAAUUAAUUCUAUUGUUAUUAAAAUACUUCAUAAUAAUGCAAAUCAGCUAAAAAAUGUGAAGAUAUUCAUAAUCCAGCUUCUGUGAAUCCAACCUUAAAUAAUAAGCCUUGUAUUUUUAAUUCAGAUUUUUCAUUGUAUAAACCUGUAAAUUGUGAACUACUGGAUGAAUAAUAAUGCUAAAACUACCCUAAAUAUUGUUAAUUUGAUGAAUUCUGCAGAUUUGCUAGAUGUGAUGAUCUAAAAUAAAUUAAUUGUGCUUCAAAUACUUGUUAUUGGAAUUCAAAAAUUGGUGCUUGUCAGGAUUAAGUUGAAUGUUCUUAGAUAUCAGAUUAAACUUUAUGCAAAUAAAUGAAAUAUGGUGAUAGAUAAUGCAGCUGGAUUAUAGAAGAAAAUAAUUCCUUUUGUACUGAUUAGCCUUGUAGAUUCUUGGUUAAAAAAUUGGGUUGUUCAGGAGUUUAGGUUUCUAACGAAAUUUGUGUUGAAGUAGAUAUUGAUAAUUGUUCAUCAUGUGAGGAUAUUUCACUUCCUUGCAUUUGUCUAUAACACAAUCAAUAUUGCGAUUAUAAUUUUAAUACUUAGAAAUGUGAAUCCAAAAUCUGCUCAAAAUUUGUUAAAUAAUCAAAAUGUCCCAAAGAACAUUGUGUUUUUUCAUAAUACGUACUAUUUUAUAUUUAUGUAGUGUGUGCCAUAAUGCCAAUAUAUUUCAGAGGAGAAUUUAUGUAAAAGCACAAAGACAUGCACUUGGAAUGAAAAGUGUUAAGUAGACUAGGUAAAAGUUGUUCUAACGGAUCCUCCUGUCGAAAUUUGGGGGUUGGUAAACAUAUUCGCUUUAAAUAUAUUGAUUCUUUAUUUGUGAUAUUGUUUUCAUACCUAAAGGUUAU